UUAGUCCUGCUUUGGUCCUUUCGUAAAGGGAUUUCUCAGAUGCCCGAGUGGAACGGAGAGCUGGAAGUUAGCGGUGAGACAGAAUGGAUUCCCCAGCCGGAUCUCAUGGCUGACACCUACUGGUCCGGGUCAGCGCCGCUGUGUUUAGGAGGGUGUAAAGCCCGUCACCAGGAGCUCAGGAAAGACCCUUGUGGCGACUCCAGCUGCUGCUGGCUCGGCUACAAAUCUCUCUGCAGAGUGAACUGCGGCAGGCCUGAUGUGGACUAUAACGGAGCGGUUUACGGUAAUGACUGGUGGGUGGGCUCUGUGGUGAGGUACGCCUGUCACUCUGGCUUCACCCUGCUGGGAACCCCAACCAGGUCGUGCCAGUCCAAUGGCCUCUGGACCCCCAAACCCAUCUGCCUCAGGAUGUGUCAGCGCGGAAGCAUUGAAGUCAGAGAGAGCGAACUGAAUGGCACGUGUGACUCCACCUGUGAGAAUAAGAGCUACUUCGGCCCACCCAAACUGGGCUGCUCGCUGAUGAACAACUGUAGGAAGAAGGAGACAGGCUGGAAGAGGUUCUUCACACAGUGCGUUCCCUGUAUUUGUGACUGCUCCUUAUCAUGUGCAACUGCAGGCUAAUCCCGAAAGGGACGUCAGACAAGGAAGUGAAAGUCUUCAUCCAGUUCCACGGCCACAUCGGUACAAUAAGAAAAUAUGAAAAUAUAUUAUUUUUACUUUACUUUUGCAAGCCAGCAUUUUUCCUUUGCUUUCUUGGACAGAAUUAGGUUAAAACUUAAAACUAUAAGUUGUGUGUUUGCUUGUAAACUCCACUGCUCCACCCCUCGGUCCAUCUGCCCUGCAAGGAGCUAAAACACUAAUCUUGUUACAAAAGGCAGCUCUGCAGUCAGAUGUCUGUUGUAAACCUUGUUAAAAAUGGUAUUCAUGGUUACUACAAUGUGUGUACUUUUUAAUAAUUCAUUGUGAAAACCAUUUUUGGAAUGAUAUUUGUAAAAUGUAUAUAUAUUCACAUCAAUUAAAUCAUUUGUGUGGAAAGUUUA